CACCCUCUUGAGUGUUGAACCAACACCUCUCUCUCUCCCUCUCUCCCUAAGAAUGCCUCCUGCGAAGAAAUUCAAAAAGAAAUCAAAGAGAAAACCCAAAGAGUUGGAAAAUGAUGAAAGCAUUAGUAUAACCAUAGACUCUUUAGAGCCCAAAUCUAUUGAAACUGACUGGUGGAAUAGUUUCUGGCAGAAGAAUUCUUCCGGUUCAGAGGUACCUAAGGAUGAAGCUGAAGGAUUCAGAUACUUUUUUAGGGUAACAAGAAACACUUAUGACUAUAUAUGUUCAUUAGUUAGAGAGGAUCUUGUAUCGAGGCCUCCUUCGGGUCUAAUAAACAUAGAAGGUAGACUACUAAGUGUUGAGAAACAAGUUGCUAUUGCACUAAGAAGAUUAGCAUCUGGGGAGUCCCAAGUUUCAGUUGGGCGUUCUUUUGGAGUUGGACAAUCUACUGUUUCUCAAGUUACAUGGAGAUUUAUCGAGGCUAUCGAAGAACGAGCCAGGCACCAUUUGAGGUGGCCUGAACCUGACCAAGCUGAGGAGAUUAAGGCCAGGUUUGAAGUGUCUUUUGGUUUGCCGAAUUGUUGUGGGGCUGUUGGUGCAACCCACAUUAUCAUGACACUUCCAGCUGUUGAAACCUCUGAUGAUUGGUGUGAUGAAGUGAAGAACUACAGCAUGUUCUUGCAGGGUAUUGUGGAUGAUGAAUUGAGAUUUCUAGAUAUUGUAACUGGAUUGCCAGGGGGGAUGACAGUUGAUCGGCUAUUUAAAUUUUCUGCAUUCUACAAACUCUGCGAGACUGGGGAUCGUCUGAAUGACAGUGUUAGAGCUUUGUCGAAUGGAGCAGAAAUUAAGGAAUAUAUUGUAGGUGGGCAUGAAUAUCCCCUUCUUCCAUGGCUUAUCACUCCUUAUGAAGAUGAUAAUCUCUCAGGUUCCAUGGCUAAUUUUAAUAAGAACCACAUUGCAGCUAGUUCACUUGCUGGGAAAGCGUUUUCCCAAUUGAAGGGUGCUUGGAGAAUUCUUCACAAAGUUAUGUGGAGACCCGAUAAGCAAAAACUUCCAAGUAUAAUUUUGGUUUGCUGUUUACUGCACAACAUUAUGAUUGAUAGCGGUGAUAAAGUUCACCCUGAUGUUCCAUUAUCUGAUCACCAUGACAUUGGAUAUGGAAAUGAAAGUUGUCAACAAGUCUAUCCCCUGGGGGAAUCCAUGAGAGAUAACUUGGCAAAACAUAUGGAGCAUCAGAAACAGAAUCUUUCUUCAAGUUGACCUUCACCAUUGUAUCUUCAAUCAAAAGUCUGCCUUUCUUUUUUGUUCCUGUCUGUCACAGUAUAAGGUUAGAAAACAUAGAUGGAAAAUGCUUGGAGCAGCCAUUAGUUGCUUGUAUCAUCAUUUAUGGCUUCACCUGAUUGUUAUUCAGUGCUUCAGUCACCAUAAUAUGGUUAUUGUUUCUGUUGUCAAGGUUUUUAUCUGUUUAGGAAACUAGAUGCUUCAUUUUGUAACAUAAGAACGCAUUCAAUCAAAUUAUCUUUUCAAUGUGAUUUGCUUCUACGCUUUUUGAUCA